AUGUCGCCAAUGAGUAACCACAAUUUAAAUUACAGUAGUAAUUAUGGCGAGGACCUGACUGCCCGCGUCAACGUCCUUGCCUCCUGCUACGUCGUCGACUCGGCCGCCAACCUCAAGGGCCUCCACUACUGCACUACGGGGGGGCGGAGUGGUAUUCCUGAGGUCCCUUCCUCAGGCCUGCCUUCUCCUCCGUCAAGUCCCCCCCUCGCCGCAUUGACCUCGUCCAACGAGCUCGCCCUUCUUCCCAAGCAGAAGAAGCGCGACAUUCCAGGCCGCCGCCUGGAGCGACGAGGGGGGGCAGCACUCAUGAUCAGGGAAGAAUGUGAGAGAUUCUUCUGUGAGACCAUGAAGACCGUGUUCCUUGGUGAGAGGAACCUGUCUAUCCAUGGCUCCGGCUUGACAGGUGCUUAUUUGCAAUCGCCGCCACCCGACAACCACCUCGCGGAUCCAUUCAACCAGGGCCCGGACGCAGCUCCGGCAGGCUCGCGGAUCGACGCUUGGAUGGAGGUCUGGGACUACGCCGGCGGAUCAAGCUUUCGCGCCUUCGUGGCAGAUGACGGGAGGGAGAAGUCUCUCUUUGUCUUCUUCGACAUUGAAGGCGUCCUAGGAAGAGACUUGAAAAAAGCUCUUAUGGCGCUCAUCGAGCUCGCCGACGGUCCCUUGGCCUGUAGCCAGAUCGUCGCUUGCCUUGAUCGCCGACUUCCUGCGGAUGACGCUCGUGAUUUGGUCAAGAGCCUUCAGUGGGUUGGCUUCGAUAUGGCCACGCUAGAUCACUGGGCCAAGGAUUUGGAUGUGACUAGCAAGCAGUGGAUUUUCAUGGGCAUGGAACUCUAG